CACCACAUUCUCUCUCCUCAUCCCAGGCAGGCAGACUCCCUCUCAGCAGCCAUGUCCUUCUCCAGAUCUAGCAUGUCCUACAGCAGCAGCGGCGGUGGAGGCGGAGGGGGCACCAUGUCCAUGAGGUCUGGAGGUGGAGGUGGAAUGGGUAUGGGCUCCUCCCGCUUCUCCUCGAUGGGUGGUGGUGGUGGUGGAGGAUGCCGCAUCACUGCCAUGAGGGGCGGCAGUGUGUAUGGAGGUGCAGGAGGCUCUGGGGUGCGCAUCUCUAGCUCCUCGUUCGGUUCCGGUGGAGGAGGUGGUGGUUAUGGUUUCGGCAUGGGAGGGGUUGGCGACGGCGGGGUUGGUGGCGGCGGUGGCAGUUAUGGUUUUGGCAUGGGUGGGGGUGGUGGUGGUGGUGGCGGCGGUGGAGCCGACCUCCAUGUGUCGGCCAAUGAAAAGGCCACAAUGCAGAACCCGAACGACCGCCUGUCCACCUACUUGGAGAAGGUGCGCUCGCUGGAGGCGGCCAACGGCGAGCUGGAGCUGAAGAUCCGUCAGUUCGUUGAGAGCAAGACGUCCCCCAGCACUCGCGACUACUCUGGCUUCUACGCUACUAUCGCCGACCUGCAGGAAAAGAUCCAGGCUGCCACCUGCUUGAACGGAAGCAUCUAUCUGAACAUCGACAACGCAGAGCUCGCUGCAGACGACUUCAGAAACAAGUAUGAGAACGAGCUGGCCAUGCGUCAGUCAGUGGAGGCGGACAUCGCCGGGCUGAAGAGGAUGCUGGACGAGAUGACCAUGGCCAGAUCUGACCUGGAGAUGCAGAUCGAGGGGCUGAAGGAGGAGCUCAUCUAUCUCAAGAAGAACCAUGAGGAGGAGCUGCUUGCCAUGAGGACGCAGAUGACUGGACAGAUCAACGUGGAGGUGGACGCAGCACCACAGGAGGACCUGACCAGGGUCAUGGCUGAGAUACGGGAGCAGUACGAGUCUGUUAAUGCCAAGAACCAGCACGACCUGGAGUCCUGGUUCCAGACCAAGACAGAGACGUUGAACCAGGAGGUGGCGUCCAGCACAGAUGUUCUCCAGACCUCCAAGUCAGAGAUUUCGGAUAUCCGUCGCACACUGCAGGGCCUGGAAGCCGAACUGCAGUCACAGCUCACCAUGAAAGGCUCCCUGGAGAACACGCUGGCGGAGACGGAGGGUCGUUACUCCAUGCAGCUGGGACGCCUCCAGAACCAAGUGACCAGUCUGGAGGAGCAGCUAGUGUCUCUCCGCAGCGACAUGGAACGCCAGGGCCAGGAGUACAAGAUGCUGCUGGACAUCAAGACACGCCUGGAGAUGGAGAUCGCUGAGUACAGGAGGCUGCUGGAUGGAGAGGCUAGCGGCUCAUCCAGCUCCGGCGUCAGCUCCGGCCUCAGCUCCUCCAGCUCCGGCCCCAGCUCAUCCACCUCCACCACACGCAAGGUGGUGAUCGUCACAGAGGAAAUGGUGGACGGCAAGGUUGUCUCCUCAAGUGAAACCAAACACACCUCUUAAGGUCCCACACACACAGCAAGCACUGCAGCAAGCAAUGGGUUAACCACAUAGAAAUAUAAUUACUAGAAUGGUUAUAGGAAAUGUGAGGCCAGAACGUGGAAUAUUGCGGUUCCCCAGUGAUUUAUUCAUGCAACCUAAAAUAGAACGUUACAACUUAUAAAAAGUAUUUGUCAGAUAAAAAAUCCCUAUCCUUGUUAUCAGUGUUAUUUGUUUAGGCCAGCUCUGGUUUACUCUAGUUUAAGAUGUGCAUAACGUCCUCCUAUACUUUCUAGAAUGGCUAAAGCCCCUCAGACACCCAUCAUGGAACAUUGACUUGAAUGGGGAUUUAUUUUCUGGUAAUUCUAUUUCUAUGGUUAACACCUCCAGAACAACAUAUUCUACUACAUCUGGAUGGGACACCAACAACAGACCCCAUUGUGAAUACAAUAAAGAUGCUCUGACUUGCUGACACCAUCA